UAUCGGCCGUCAACUUUCUCUCUUUACAAUACCUCGUUGACAGUUGGAGCCAAAAGAUUAUACAUGCAUAUUAUUCUACUAUAUAAAAGCUCAUUUCUAUCAAAAUUAAGAAAGCUCCAGCUAGUGACAUAUACAUUAAUCUUUUUGGAGGAUCCUCUAACUAUAUACACUGUGGGAAUUGAGGAGAGUUGAGUUCUGGCAUGGCUUCUUCAUCAAAUGGUGGCGUCCCGCCGGGUUUUCGAUUUCAUCCGACAGAGGAAGAGCUUCUUCAUUACUACUUGAAGAAGAAGCUUUCAUUUCACAAGUUUGAUAUGGAGGUUAUUAGAGAGAUUGACUUGAAUAAGGUUGAGCCCUGGGAAUUGCAAGAGAGGUGCAAUAUUGGAUCAACGCCACAGAAUGAGUGGUACUUUUUUAGCCACAAGGAUAGGAAGUACCCAACAGGUUCAAGAACAAAUCGAGCUACAAAUGCUGGGUUUUGGAAGGCCACUGGGAGGGACAAGUGCAUAAGGAACAGCUUCAAGAAGAUUGGUAUGAGGAAAACACUAGUGUUUUACAGAGGAAGAGCUCCACAUGGCCAAAAAACUGACUGGAUUAUGCAUGAGUAUAGGCUUGAAGACGCUGAUGAAAAUAUUAGUGAGGAUGGCUGGGUGAUUUGCAGGGUAUUCAAGAAGAAAAACCUCUUCAAAAUUGGAAACGAAGCUGGUACCGCCGCAACAUCAAGCCACCACCAACCACCUCGAACCACCUUCACACACAAAGAUGAUCAUAGCUCAUAUCUACUACACCAACUACCACAACAUGGCCAUGACUUGAACUAUUCUCAAGUCCCAGUUGUUGCUACUCUACCACAGUAUUAUACACACAACAGUAAUAAUAAUCUUGAAUUAGCGCAAAACUUGAUCAAGUCAUCAUCAUUGGGAUAUCAUCAUGAUUUCUCGUCAUCAGGAGCUGAUCAGUCUGCACCGUGUGAGUCCGGCUUAGAGGUGGCAAGCAGUAAUAUGAAUAACGAUCAUCAAUGGGGAAUUAAUAUCGAUCAUCGUCUUGUUGAAUCUAAUCAAAUCAAUCAACUUUCGCUGCGUGGAGAGAUGGACUUUUGGAGUUAUGGAAAAUAAUGUGCCUAUACAUAUGUAUACAUCUAUUAAUUCUUUAUUAUAAUCCUAUAUGGAUUAUAUAUAUACACAUUGAAAAGAUAUAUUAUAUCACUUAAUUAAUUAAUUAGCUUGUUGGUGUACUAUAUUAUAUUGGAUAUAACAUUCUGAAAAGAAAUGUAUGUAAUACGUCCUCCUUAUUUUCUAUUUUUAAAUAGUUGUGUCUUAGCUAGUGGCUAUAUUGGCGCGUAAAUUUUCUUAAAGAUGACAUUAUAUACUCCCUUCAUUUCACAAUAAGUGAAUUGUUGGAGCAAUUUUAGUGUUUCAAAAUAAAUGAAUGGUUCACAAUUCAAGGUAAGUGUUGA